CCAGCUUGGCACACGCUGCCCCCAUUGCAGCCCCCCCCAGGGCCGAGGGACCUUCGGAUCAGAAUGAAGGCCGUCUUGUGUGCUCCCCAGCGGAUGCUGCAGCUCACCUUGGCCAUUGUCAAGCCUGACGCUAUGGCCCACCCCCUCAUCCUGCAGGCUGUGCACGAGACCAUUCUGAGCAACAGGUUCCUGAUUGUCCGGUGCAGGGACGUGGUGUGGAGCAGGCAGGACAGCCAGCAGUUCUACCAGGAGCACAGAGGGCGCUUUUUCUACCAGAGGCUGGUGGAGUUCAUGGCCAGUGGCCCGAUGCGGGCCUACAUCCUGGCCCACGAGGAAGCCAUCCCGUUCUGGAGGUCUCUGAUGGGCCCCACCAAAGUGUUCCGCGCCCAGCACACGGAUCCGGACUCCAUCCGCGGGACCUACGGCCUCACAGACACUCGGAAUUCGGUGCAUGGGUCAGACUCAGCAGCUUCGGCCAGAAGGGAGAUGGCCGCCUUCUUCCCGGACUUCUGUGAGGAGUACUGGUACCAGCAUGAGGAGCCGCGCCUGCGCAGCGGGGCGGUCUGCUACGACACUGAGGCCGCCAUUCACCGCGUGCCCAGAGACGGAUGGACGGAGAGGGAUUAAAGGCAUCUG